AUGUCUCAAUCUCAAGAAUUAAGUCGUGUAAAUCCUCCACCCGGAGUUGAUGCAAAUCAAGCAGCAAUAAGUUUAAUGGCAAUGGCUGAGACUUUUCGAUUGGCUUGUCGUUAUAAAAUGGCGAUCAAAUGUUGCAUGACAGCCCUUCGCGUCCCAACUUCCGUUGAAAUUUUUUCUCUUUGUUCUUAUGAGCUGGGAAAAUUACUUUGGCUAUAUACUCGUAAUUAUAAUAUGGCCCGUCGUCAUUUGGAAGAAGCUCUUCGAACAAUGCGGCAAUUGGGUUCUUCGUUAGAAACUGAACGUCUAAAAGUUUCUACAAUGCUUGCUGAAUUGUUGUUAUCUGGAAGGCAUUUUAGGGAGUGUUUGGAGGUUUGCAAAGCAGAAUUGCCUGAUUCUCCUCGUCAUCCCCAAGUCCAUACAAAACUUCUUUUUAUUUAUGCUGAGGCCCAGUUACGUCUAGGGGAAUUUUCUCGAGCUUUAGAAGCUGUAAAUGCUGGGAUUCAAUUUUCUGGAGGUUCUGGUGGAGUUCUUGUUGAAUGUUAUUUUAGAUUGGUUAAAUCUUUGAUUCUUUCAAUACAAAUGACUGAUCAACAAGAAUUGGGUAAAUCAGUUGGAGAAUUGGGAGAAAUCUUACAAACAGUAGCUUCAAAUAAUAAAGACCAAACAGCAAUUAACGAUAUUCGGGCAUUUUGUUAUUCAAUUCAACUUUGUUAUUUUUUGGCAAUUGGAAUGGUUAAAAGUGCAAAACAAUGCCUUAGACAAUUACAUAUAACUGUACAGACUGCUGAAGCUGCGGCCAAAAAUGAAAUGUCUGCAAUGAAUUCGUUAACAACAAUUUGUUGGUUAAGUCCUGAAAUGUUGACUGGAUUUGCUUAUGUUUUAACUGUUCUUUGCAAUAUUCAAUUUACCAAUUUUGAAAGAGCCCAUCGUUAUUAUUUAACAGCAAUUAGGCAUUUGGGAGGAAUUAAAUUAUUAAUGCAAAAAUCGACAGAUUCAUCUCAAAUUGUUGAAAAUCGGAUGGAAUCAUUUGUUGAAUCUAUGGAAAUGUUGUUACAUGAAGGACUUUCCCAAUUAUAUUUAGUUAAACAAAGCCCAGCAGAAUCUCUUUCAACAAUCACAGAAAUCUUCAGAACAAUACAUCGUUCUCGUGAACCUUUAAGAUUAAUUAACGAUUUUGGUCCUCAAUUACACACAAUUUUGGGAAUGUAUGCAACAAAUAUGAAAUGUUUUGAGGCUGCCAAACUUCAAUUUAAAACAGCAAUAAAUAAAGGUGCAAAAGAAUUGGAACUGUGGACACUCGCAAAUUUGGGAUUGGCUUUAGUCUAUUUAUAUACUUCUCGUGAUGCUGAUUUCUAUGAAUUGUAUGAUGCCAUUUCUCCAUUGAAGCUUCGUUCACAAGCCAAUUCUACAAAGUCUGCUGCUCUUCUAGUUCAAGGAUUUCAUUAUUUUCUUAAUUCAAAACAACAAGAAUCAAAGAAAUAUUUAAUGGAUUCAAUUGCAAUUUCAAAGGAAGAGGAUAUGGCUCGUCUUCAAAGCAUUGCUUUACUUUUACUUGCAAAAUUGCUUCGAUCAAAAUGUGUUGAAUGCUGCUUGUGAAUGGGCUAAUAAAAGUGGGGAUAAUUUACUUUUACUUUGGGCUAAAUCAGAAACAAGCUUUUUUGAAGGAGGAAAUGAAAAACAGAUUGGAGUAAUUAAUGAAGUAAAACAGCAAAGAGAACAGUUGGAAAUUAAUAGAAAUGCUUGUAUUCAAACAAAUGCACAUAAAUUAAUGAUACAGGUUUUGAAAAAUAAGAAAACUAAAGUUUUGAUUUUAGUGGACUGGUGGUGAAAUACCAAGAGAAGUAUUG